AUGGAACUCUAUAUAAUUUACUACGUUGCCGUUUUGCUCCUCUUCGGAUACUGGGUGAUUUUCUACAAUCCAGCCACGAACUCGAUACUCACGGAAGAGCCCUCAAUCGACGACCAGGUCGAAGAGCUAGACGAAAAUUCUUUCUACCACCAUCCAACCUGGACCCAGCGCUGGUCUCACCCGGAUUUCACCUCCGAGGCUAUGACAGCCUGGAUGAACGAAGCUUGGUACAACCACUCAAACCGUCUAUCCAGCAAAUUCUUGCGGUGGAAUUUAUCCUUCGGCUUUCCCUGGGGCUAUAUCAUCUACCGCACUGUGUACACCACCGAGUCUGACGAGUUAUGGCCCCUCGCGAUGGCCAAACUCACGCGCUUUAUAAACGAUGAGAUCGAACAGGAUCUCUGUGAGUUUCCGGACAGCUUCGGCAAUAAUCCGCGCCCUGAAAGACUAGCGCAGGAAUCUUAUAAGAAUGUUGUGAUCUCCGAUAAGCAGCGCUGGAACGGUGCCGGGAUCGAGCAGAUCCGUCAGCAUUUCGCAAACUAUCUUCGUAAGACCAAGCUUGGGUUGGACGGGGGCUGUGGCCGGUUCCGAGCGUGCAUGGUUAUUGAUGAACGGUCGUUAAAGUCGAUUAUUGCCUGUCCUGAGCCGGACAGUGAAGAUCGGUUUACGCGGCCGGAUGGGUUUGUUGGCAUGGUUGAUGGGAUGUAUGACCCUGAGCGAAAGGAUAACCCCCGGUAUUCAGGUUCAUGCGUGUGA